AUGUCUCGGGCCUUGACGGUUUGGGAUGCUCGUCGUGGCCAGGACCUCGAGUUGGGUCAUGACAGAAUGGUCUCAAUGCACGGUUCAUGGUCCCAGGGUGUUUGUGAAAUCAGAAAAACAAUCAUGCCUCCCUGUCGUAUUAUCGAUCAGAAUGCACAGACAGAUGAGGGAGCAAUGUUGAAUCGGGAAAUGGAUUUUGCCAGACUAUCAGUCCACAUGCAACAAGUUGAGGAAAAGAAAAAGAAAAUUGUUGAAUCUAGAGGGAAGGACAGGAGAUGUCAGUUUGGCGCUAUAGUGUGUUAUUCGUAUGGCCAACUAGCCCAUAUCCAGAGAGAACGUCCGGUAGCAAAGGGUAAUGUUAGUGGCUCUAAGUCACAGGCUAAUUCUUCUGCACCACCAUCGCCUCAGAAGGGUGCCACUUCAGCCAUCGAAAAUAGCCGCAACCGGUUGUACACCUUGACCAACCGCCAAGAGGCAGAGGCCUCACCGGAUGUAGUUACUGACUCUAUUGUGGCUAGGAGCGUGUAUAGAAAUUGUGUGGUAACUGUUUAUGGGCGGAAUACUCCGGCAGACCUCAUAGACAUAGACAUGGUUAAAGAUUCGAAUACCGAAAGACCUUCUCUUCAGUCUGUCCUUAUGGUGAAUGAGAUCCCAGAAUGGUAUGGUCAGAGUGAGAAAUGCAUAAAAGCUAUCUUCUCGCUGGCUAGUAAAAUUGCUCCCAGCGUUAUUUUUGUAGAUGAAGUUGAUAGUAUGCUGGGACAAAGGGAAAAUCCAGAAGAACAUGAGUCAUUGCGCAAAUUGAAAAAUGAAUUCAUGGUGCAUUGGGAUGGGUUGCGCACAAAGGAUACAGAACGAGUUCUGGAACUUGCAGCAACAAACAGGCCAUUUGACCUUGAUGAAGCUGUUAUAAGGCGACUGCCAUGCAGGUUGAUGGUCAAUUUACCAGAUGCUCCAAACAGAGCAAAAAUUCUAAAAGUGAUACUCGCAAAAGAAGACUUGGCUCAGGAUGUUGAUCUGGAAUCAGUUGCAAGUAUGACAGAUGGAUAUUCCGGGAGUGACCUUAAGAAUCUCUGUGCAACCGCUGCAUUUCGACCCAUUGGAGAUAUCCUAGAAAAGGAAAAAAAGGAACAGACCGCAGCUAGUGCUAAUGGUGGACCACCUCCAGCACUAAGCAGCAGUGCAGACUUACGGCCACUGAAUAUGGACGACUUCAGAUAUUCUCAUCAGCAGGUUUGCCCAAGUGUUUCAUCUGAAUCCGCAAAUAUGACACAGCUUCUUCAGUGGAAUGAUCUAGCGUGUCGAGUCCUGUCAGAAAAUUGA